GCGUGCGAAGCACGAUCAUUGCUGUGCCUCACCUGGAUUUGUGUCGCGAAAGUUUGUGAUUAUAGUGUAAAUGUUUGUUACAAAUUUUACCUCGGUAUCCGGGUACUUUAUUUAAAGUGAGUGCGUUUUGUGAUCCUUUUCCGGGAAUUUUGGUGCCAACCGGUUUUCUAAAUUUAAGCUAGAUUUCUAAAAUUAUCCAAAAAUUGUUGUGAAAACAGAAAUGAAAUUCGGUUACUCUCUGAAUCAUACUCGUUCGAUACGAAUAGUUGUUCAAACAGAAAUCGUGUGACAACCGACUGCGGUACAGCUGACAGUUAACCUUAUACCGGUUGCCGUAGCAGUUCGUCAAACCCUGCAGAGCCAUGGACAUCGAACGCACGCCCGAUGCCUACUUACGGUGAUUGUACCGAUCCUGCGGAGUGAAUUCUAAAUGCGUCUCCACGGAACUGUUCGCGAAAUAAGCCGACCAGCGUCAACAACCUUACCUAACAUGCCCCUGCCUACCGUUUGAAGGUGAAUCUUCCUUCCUUUUCGUCGGUUGGCGGAACUAUUGCAGUGUGACGAUAGUUUAGCGAAGGCGUUUAACGUUUUUUUAUCGAUCGUUGUAGUGGAUUGUUGUUGAACAGUUUCGAAUUCAAGUGUAGUGUUUACCGUUCUUGAAGUAACUGAAAAGUGUGUGCCACGGAGUGCUUUAGAGAAAAGUAAUCGAGAGAGCAACACUUGGCGGAAAAUCCUUCAAAAUGGUAGUCACACCGGUGGUUCAACUCAUUAAAGCGUGUGAUCGCAUACCGACCCGAUUCAAUGUCGCGAUUAUGCUGUUCAUGGCGUGCCUGAUCAGCUACAUGCUGCGCGUGAACAUGUCCGUCAACAUACUGGCAAUGGUGCAGCCGAUCCAGAGCAAUGGCCGGCAGUUCGCAGAUGAUAACAGCACCUCUGUUACCGGGGCACGACCCAAUCGGACCAGCGCAAAUCACACCACCGCCAUCGUUCCAAAUUAUGGCCCGCGGUACAACUGGAGUUCGAACGAUCAGAGCAUAAUUUUGGGAGCCUACUUUUACGGCUACCUUUUGUCAUCGCUGCCCGCCGGCAUGUUUGCGGAGCGCUUCGGGGGCCGGGGAGUGGUGGGAGUCACGCUGGCAUUUAGCGCUUUAUUAACUGGAUUAACUCCACUGGCCGCAGAGUGCGGAAUGUGGGUGAUAAUCGCCAAUCGCGUGCUGCUCGGCGUUAUGGGGGGUUUUCUCUAUCCAGCCCUACACAACCUGAUCUCCAAGUGGGCUCCCCCGGACGAGAAGGGAAAGUUUGUCUCUGCCCUAAUGGGUGGAACGUUCGGAACCGUUGUGACGUGGCCGCUGGUUGGAGUGCUGAUCGAAACCGUUGGAUGGUCCUUUGCGUUCUACAUACCCGCAGCCAUUGCCGCGAUCGUUGCUGCCCUGUGGUAUCUCAUCGUAGCCGAUUCUCCCUCGGUGCAUCCUCGUAUCAAGGCGGAGGAGCAAGAGUACAUUCAAAAGUCGCUUGGAGAUACGAUCUCAAAAUCGAAGCUGCUACCACCGGUCUUAUCACUCGUUACCUCGUUGCCCUUCCUGUCGCUGCUAGUGUUACACUUUGGUAAUCUUUGGGGUCUCUACUUCCUCAUUACCGCGGCUCCAAAGUUCAUGAGUGAGGUACUGGGAUUCAACCUGGCCAAAGCAGGUUUCCUGGCCGCCAUGCCGUACCUGGCAAGGUCGUUUGCUGCAUUCCUCUUCGGGACCGUUGGAGAUCACCUGAGGAAGAAGUCGCUGCUUGGUGUCACUGCAAUACGAAAAUCGUUCUGCCUUUUUUCUCACAUAAUACCCGGACUGUUUCUCGUCGGGUUGAUCUACAUCGGCUUCGACCCGUACGUCUGUGUCGCCAUCAUCACACUGUCGCUCGGCUUCAACGGUGCAUCCACGAUGACCAAUCUUCAAAAUUCCCAGGACUUGGCACCCAACUUUGCCGGGACACUGUACGGCAUCAUUAACUUCGUUGGCACCUCCAGCGGCUUCAUCUCGCCCAUGCUGGUGGCUCAUUUCACCGCCGAACGGAGUACCAUGGAUGAGUGGCAAUACGUCUUUCUGAUAGGAGCUGCAGCGUACAUCCUUCCGGCCCUAGUGUUCAUCGUAUUUGGCUCGGGACAGGUGCAGAAAUGGAACGAACCUAAACAACAGCCACCAACCCCCGGUCAAGAACAACGCUAGAGAAGAACUUUAGGCCGCUAAUGCUACUGGUAGAAACAACGAUCUGAAGUGUUACUAAAGUGACAAUGUCUCGCUGUGCAUUUACAGUGUCAGUGUAGAAUAGAAGGUUUUAAUUCUAAUCUUAGUGUAGCUUCCAAAGCCCCUUUUUAACAAACGACCCUGGUACCGGUAUUGGUAGAGGUAUCGCCAAAACCCAAACGUUAGUGUGCUACGUCUGCUGUUAUGCUCUGUAGAUUUUAUGCAGAAUGAUUUAUUGUACAUAGCUUUAAAAAAAAAUUAUGGAGAAGCCGUAA